AUGUGUUUUAUACUUGAUAGGGAUGAGGACAAGUUUAUCCAACUAAUUGUCCAAGAGAUUUCAAGACAAUUGCCGCCUACACCAUUAAGUGUUGCUAAGUACGGAGUGGGUAUUGAUUCUCGAGCAAAUAAAGUAAUCAUGUUGUUAAAUGAAAGGUCAGAGGAUAACCUCUUUGUCGGGAUUUGUGAAACUGGAGGAAUAAGUAAGACAACCGUUGCCAAAGCGGUUUUCAACCAAAUGUCAAAAGAAUUUGAAAGAAGUUGUUUUCUUGGAAAUGUGAGGGAAGAAUCAACCAAGCAAGAUGGUCUAGCUAAACUACAACAAAAGCUUCUCAGAAAGACCCUAAUGGAUAAUUAUUUAGAGAUAUCAAAUUCUGACCAAGGAAUGAAUGAGAUAAAGGUUAUACUUGAGCACAAAAAGAUUCGUGUAGUUCUUAAUGAUGUAAAUCAUGAGAAGCAAUUAGAGAGUUUAGCUGGAAUAAGAGAGAAUUGGUUCGGUUCGGGAAAUAAGAUAAUCAUAACAACUAGGGAUGAAAGGUUGUUAAGGAAGUUCGAUAUUGAAACAUACAAAGUUGAGAUAUUAGAUGACAAAGAAGCACUUGAACUUUUCAAUUGGCAUGCAUUCCAGCAGGACAAUCCUGUAGAAAUUUAUCGAGAACUCUCAUAUCGUGUAAAAUAUUAUACCAAAGGUCUUCCAUUAGCUCUUCAAGUUUUGGGAUCUCUUUUAUGCAAAAGAAGCAUUUCAGAGUGGAAAAAUGAAUUGGAUAAAUUGAAGAGCAACCCUCCCAAAGGUAUUCAAGAUGUUCUCAAGAUAAGUUAUGAUUUUUACUCAUUUACUCCAAACAUGUCAUCAUCUUCAAGCUCAAGAAGCCAUUGUUACCCAUAUUGGAGUCUAGUGAAAGAAUAUUAUUGUAAAUGUGGAGUUAAAAGUCCUUUAAAAGUGUCAUAUACCCAACGAAAUCCUGGUAGAUGGUUUUACGGGUGCGCAAACUACAGGACUGGCUCAUGUGGUUUUUUAAGGUGGGAGGAUGAUGAACUGCCUGAUUAUUAUCGUAAAUUGAUUAUACAACAUAUGAUAGGUCUAUAA